AGUUCCGAGGAAGGCACCCGCCUUCCCACUGCGCCUGCGUGAGGCUUGUGCGGCUCAGCCAAUGAGAAGCCAGGAACAAAGAUAGGGGCGUGACGAGGUGAGGUCGACCAAUCGCGAAGACGCGCACCCGGAAGCAGUUGACGGCUGGGAACCAGUCUGGAACGGCGUGGGGUGACUGUGCUCCGUCCCUCGCGCGUGCAGUUGGUUUGUGGCGCGAGUCCCGGACUGGUGUUGAGGAGCGUGGGAUCGGGGGCAAAUAAAUGUGGCUGUUUGCCCGUGGAAAGAGCUACCAACCAGUGCACUAUCCCGGGGCCAGCGUUAGUGGAGAAAACCCCUUCGAUGGUGGUGGCACUCUGCAAGUAGGAGAGACCUGACGGACGCCACUGCGAUGAAUCUCUUACCCAGGAGCACCAAAGAGUUCGGCUCCGUUGACUACUGGGAGAAGUUCUUCCAGCAGCGGGGGAAACGGGCUUUUGAGUGGUAUGGAACUUACCUGGAGCUCUGUGGGCUGCUGCAUAAAUAUAUAAAGCCCAAGGAAAAGGUGCUGGUGGUUGGGUGCGGUAACUCAGAACUGAGCGAGCAGCUGUAUGAUGUGGGCUACCGGGACCUGGUGAACAUUGACAUAAGCGAGGUGGUCAUCAGACAGAUGCAGGAGCGCAACACCACCCGCCGGCCACAUCUGCGCUUCCUCCAGAUGGACAUGACCCGCAUGGACUUCCCUGAUGCCGCCUUUCAGGUAGUGCUGGACAAAGGCACCCUGGAUGCAGUACUUCCCGACGAGGAGGAGGAGACUGCACGGCGGGUAGACCAGAUGCUGGCCGAGGUGGGCCGGGUCCUGCAGGUGGGCGGCCGCUACCUCUGCAUCUCACUGGCCCAGGCGCAUGUGCUGAAGAAGGCCGUGGGGCACUUUUCCCGGGAGGGGUGGAUGGUCAGAGUGCAUCAGGUGACUGCUGGCCAGACUGCAGGAUGUGGAGUGGAGUCCCGCUUCCCCCUGCCAGUCUUUGCCUUCAUCAUGACCAAGCUCAGACCUGUAGCUGGCCCCAGCCAACCCGUUUUUGAGCUCUGCACUCAGGAACAGGGCCGGCCCCUGCGGCUGGACAGCGCAGAGCUGCUGGCAGAGGCGGUGCGUGAGAGGCAGCGCUAUGCCUGGCUCUGCAGCCAGCUGCACCGCCAAGCUGGGCUGGGAACCGUGUCUCUGGACUUGUGCGAUGGGGACUCGGGGGAACCACGCUACACCCUACAUGUGGUGGACAGCCCCACCGGGAAGGCAGCGCGGGACAGUCACUUUGCCAUUUUCAUCAUUCCCCAGGGACGAGAGACUGAGUGGCUUUUCGGCACAGAGGAAGGCUGGAAGCAGCUGGCGGUCAGCGCUUGCUUUCGGAGGCUGGUCAUUGUGGCCCUGCACCGCGGGCAGAGCUACAAAGGCAUGGAGGGCAUCCAGGCCGAACUGUCAGCCCGAGUCCUGGAGUUGGCUCCUGCAGGGAUGCCGGCCCAGCACCAGGUGCCCUUUCUAUCAGUUGGUGGGGACAUUGGAGUACGGACCAUCCGGCACCAGGACCAUAGCCCCCUGAGUGGUGACUUUGUGGUGGAGGACGUGCAGGGAGACAAUGGGCACUACUUCCGGCGCCUCAUCUUCCUCAGCAGUAGGAAUGUGGUACAGUCGGAGGCCAGGCUGGUCCAGGACGUGGCUCAUGGAGACCAGAAGAAGCGGAAGAAGCAACGGAAGAAGCAUCGAGCCACAGACCCUCCCGAGGAGCCUCCUGCAGCUCCUGGACAGUGUGUGGAUAAGAAUUACCUGUGUUGUGAGCAUCACAAGGCCAUGGUUGCUGGCCUGGCCCUGCUGCGAAGCUCAGAAGUCCUGCUAGAGAUGCCCCUGGCAGUGCUGGUGGUGGGCCUCGGUGGUGGCAGCCUCCCACUCUUCAUCCACGACCACUUUCCUGAGUCCUGCGUGGAUGCUGUGGAGCUUGACCCUUCCAUGUUGGUGGUAGCUGCCCAGUGGUUUGGCUUCUCCCCGAGUGAACGCCUGCAGGUUCAUAUUGCAGAUGGCCUGGACCACAUUGCUGGGCUGGCUGGAGGAGAAGCACCACCUCACUACCACGCUGUCAUGUUCGACGUGGAUAGCAAGGACCCCAGCCUGGGCAUGAGCUGCCCUCCGCCUGCCUUUGUGGCUGAGCCUUUCCUGCGCCAAGUCAGCAGCAUCCUGAGACCCGAAGGUGUCUUCAUUCUUAACCUUGUAUGCCGGGACAUGGCGUUGAAGGACUCGGUGCUGGCUGGACUCAAGGCUGUGUUCCCCCUCCUGUAUGUGCGGCGCAUCGAGGGCGAGGUGAACGAGAUCCUCUUCUGCCAGCUGUACCCUGAGUCCAAACUGAGCACGCCAGAGCUCCUGGAAAGGGCUCGCACCCUGGAGUGUGCCCUGCGGAGGCCUGGGAGGUGCUGGGACAACUCCUAUGUGCUCUCAGACAUGCUGGAGUCUGUGAGGAUUGUGUGAGGUCUGGGCCUGUUUCUCUCAGUCCCCUUAGGAGGAGCCGGUCAUUGCUUCCAUGUAGGAACCUGACACAGGUCCCUGUUCUUGGGGUCAGCACCGCCCCCCCUUCCUGCUGGUCGGCCUUGCGUUAGCCCUGGGCGCUGCAGGGGUGAUGCAGUUCUGGGGGAACAGCAGCUUUAUCAUUUUCUCCCUUGUGUCUCCCUAAACUCACUGCACACAAGAGUUUCUCUGAAGGUUCCAAAUAAAACGGAGCCAGAAGACUGAGAAAGGAAA